GUAACAAAAUCAAUCACUCUCCAUGUUAAACACUCUUGACAUCAAUGAUGAAUAUUGUGAAGUUCUUGAUCAUCGCUAUCGUUGUGACCAUCUCGGUGGCUUUAUGUCCAACAUUUGUCCAAUCUCGAAAGACAAAAUGUGACUGGUUGGGUGGGAAUUGCAUCAAAGGUGGAGAAGAAGAGACCAUGAAGAUGAGUUCUGGUCUGGAUGUGAGCCGUAGGGUCUUGCAAGCGACACGAUAUAUAAACUACGAUGCAUUGAAGCACAACGUACCAGCUAAACAACAUGGUCAACAAGACCGACCGGAUAAUCCAUACCGGCGAGGUUGUACUCUCGCUACAGAAUGUUACCGGCUUACGCAUUAAACAACAUAAAUACACAUUUUUAUUUUUUUUGCAACACAAAAAAAAAAAACUGCUUCUCUUUCCCCCUUAAUAUUUACUUUUCUGUUAAUGUAUUUUGUAUUAUUACCUUGAAUUGGUAUCUUCAGUAAUAUUAAAUUUUUCUACUAUCUUCAGUAAGAUCUAAUUCACAUGGGUCAAAGAAAAAUUG